AUGGCCGCAUAUUGGCACCACGACCUGUGCCAAUUUGUUGGAAAUGUUGUGGUUGGUUUCAUCUUCUUGGUAACGGGGAUUUGCUGCAUCAGUAGUCCCCGCGCAUGGCUGUUCCGGUUGGUGGCCUCGGUGGCAGUGUGGGUGGCCGAUGCCGAAGCCGCUCAGUCUACCUACCCCACCCACCCCACCGAGGCCACCGAGGCAACGAAGACCGAGAAGAGACUGAGAGCCCGGGUGAGGGCCCGGGAGAUCGAAAAGAAACGCCAUGAAAAAGAAGUCCGCCGCCUGGACGCUCAACUGGCGACUGUCUCCUGGGGUAUCAAGGAAUCCCUGCUUGCGAAGGAUCAGGUGAUAGUCGAGUGCCGCCAGUGGCGACGCAAGUUCGAGGACCUGGAACACCUAAAGCAGCAGGCCCUGGAAAAUCCCGUUCGCGGGAUGCAGGGGCGUCCUCGUUGGGCUCCGGCCAAAAAGUACGGAGUUGUGAAGCGGGAACUUGGUCGGUCGACAAAAACAUUCACUGCCAUUGCGCAGGUGGCUAUUGUCAAUGCGGCGUGGGAGUCGAAGUUGGUCGGGUUCGAGAGCAAGGCUCGAGACUAUCAGAUGAAGGCGACCCUCGCUAUCACUCACGAGCUGGCCCAGCAGCAAGUGAGGGAUGCGGUGGCAAGCACGAUGCUGUUCGCUGACCACAAGCAUGAGGAGGUUGUCAAGUUGCUAAAGCAGACUCAUAACGAGGAGCUUAUGGCAGUCAAGGCUGGCCACGAGAAGGAAUCAGUGAAGGAAACAUCGGCAGUCAAGGCAGAGGUAGAGGUUGCGCGAGCCCAGCAGCGUGAGGCGGCUAAGAGAGCGGGACAGGAAGCAACCCACCGAAAGGAAGAACUCGUUGCCAAGGAAGCGCAGCUGGGCGAGCUGCAGGCCGCCAAUACCAGGAUUGCCGGUGACCUUCGGGUCAAGGAGGAAGCAUACAAUCGACUUGAGAGUGAGAGGGACCAGCUCAAGAGUGAGAGGGACGGCUUGCUAACAGCCGGCGAGCGUCUACAAACCCGGUAUGACAGACUGAAGACCGAGGCAGACGAACUCGUGAGGGAUUUAAAGGUCCUUGAGGAUGAUAAUAUAGAGCUGAAGGAAGCAGCGGAUUACCUCGCUGGCGAAGGCAAGAAAUUCCAGCAGGAGAUAGAACAAUUGAAGGACGACAACCGAGGCUUGCUGGAGAACAACACGGAGCUGCUCUGUCAGACAGUAGUAUCCGACCUCGACCUCCGGCAGACUCGGGGCAGAGUGGGCAACCUCGAGCGGCAGGUAGCGGAUUUGGAGACCGCCGACAUCACCGUGGCGGUUAGCGGCAUGGGGACGGGUGGAGCUCAGCGCUGA